AUGCGUCUCACCCCUAUCACCAGGACAAAUGCUCCCGACGCCGAAGCUUCGCAGGGCGCUCCGGACGAGGAGGCCAUGAAAGCGAGGAUGAAAGCGCUCGAGAAGGCCAAGAAUGAGAAAGCGCUCGAGAAGACCAAGCAGCGUCAUACUAAAAUUAACGGAUGGCUCAUUGCUGCAGCGGCUAUUACGUGUGGAGGGUUUGCAGCAGUUCGAUCAAAUCACUUAGCUUCGGUGGAGCUCGCGGCGUACGUAGGAAUAUGCUUCGGUGCCGCGCUAUUCCUCCUCCACUCUGUUAUCCAGGUCAACUCCGGACCGGAACGCUGGCCAUACUACUACGCAUCAUUUCUCGUGAUCCUUCUUGGAGCCGCACUCAACAUAGUACAGCGAAGGUUUUAG